GAAGUCCGCGUUGCGCACUGGCGAUGACUAAUUCGCAACUUCGCUUGAAAGUUAUUCAUAUCGAUUGAUUUGUCGUCACUAGUAAUUCGGUUUCGUCGCUGCCAAAGUCUGCUCGCAGACUGCGACGGAGCCUUUUUCUUUAGAAAAUAAUUAUUUUUAUUUAGUGGUGUGUUGUACAAACCGUGAAAGAUGGGGUCGUUGUUUAGGAGUGAAGAAAUGACAUUAUGUCAACUUUUCCUACAGAGCGAAGCCGCGUAUGCAUGCGUGUCUGAACUCGGGGAGUUGGGACUUGUACAGUUCCGUGAUCUUAACCCCGACGUAAAUGCCUUCCAACGCAAGUUUGUCAAUGAGGUCCGUCGGUGUGACGAGAUGGAGCGCAAGCUCCGGUACCUGGAGAAGGAGAUCCGUCGCGACGGGAUCCCCAUGCUGGAGAUCCCCGGCGAGUGCCCCGAGGCCCCACAGCCUAGGGAGAUGAUCGAUCUCGAGGCUACCUUCGAGAAGCUGGAGAACGAACUCCGCGAAGUGAACCAGAACGCCGAAGCCUUGAAGAGGAACUACCUCGAGCUCACAGAACUCAAACAUAUCCUAAGGAAAACACAAGUUUUCUUCGACGAGCACGAGGGUGGUGCCAAUACCACUGAGUCGAUGACGCGCGCCCUCAUAUCCGACGACCCGAACCGACAUAUCGGCCACGUCCAACUAGGUUUGCGGGAUAAACAAGAAUCCCUGGAAUUCCUGCCUUGGUUAGUAGUGUAUAUUGUAUUUUAUAUUGUAGAUGGGUAUAGUGGUAGUUAAGGUUCGGGUGUAUGUUAUAAUUGUAUGCUUGCGGACUGAACAGUAAUGUUGUGUCACAGACAAUAUUGAAAUCGACUGGGCUUAUUUCAACGUUGUCUUCACCAACUGGGUACAAAUGAACUCUUAGUUCUAUACUAACACCCCUCACUUGCUUCCUAACAUUCACGUCAAUAUCACAGUAUUGUUUGUAAAGCGAACGUUAAAUUUCAUAUGCGUUAUCAAGGUAACUUGGACUUCAAGAAUAGAUAAUGGAAAUAGGUGCGAAAAAUGUAAAUGCUGAAAUUUACACGGCUACUUCGUGAUCUGGCUUUUCCUAUUUGUUAAUGACUUAAUUACACGAAUUAAAGUUCUCAUUGUAUUUUACUGGAAUAAAGGUCAUUGGUAUGCUCCCAGAGGGACACUUUUAUAGUUAUAUUAGAUUACUUGACAAUAGGAAAAGUUAUGAAGGCGAAGCUAUUUUCAACAUAGACAAUCUUAACAGCGUCUUGGUACGAGUGUCUUAGAUAAUAAUAUUUAUGUUUUGUGUAAUAUUUUAGAAUAAACCCGUGUUAUUCAUAUAGAACCGCUUUAGGGCUAGCAAAGGCUUACUGAAGUCCUGUUUUGGACAAAAGCUUAAUUAACUUAAAAAUUGUGAUUAAUUUGAACCCUAGAUUGGUCAAAAGUAUUUCAUGAACAGACUAAUCAAGAAAAACGGUAGUUGGUGUGCAGCCAACGCUGCUUAUCAGGCGCCAAAACUUAAUUGAAAAAUGUUUUAUUCAAUCUUACGGUGUAUUUGAAGCGACUAUAAUUUGGUAUUAACAAGAACGGUGUUCCCGUAUCAACCUUGGAUCAAUCGAAUAUAGAUGUGAUAAAUUUGCUUAGCCUUUACCACGUAGAUACAUUGUGAAACACAAUGCUGGCUCUCUUAACACAAUAUGGGCUUGUUAGGUAUCAGUUACGUCAUUGAGGUUGUUUCUAAUUGACUCUAUAGCUACAAAGUGUAUCGCGACAGUUUAUUAGCAAAUAUUGAGUGGCGACCUUAGUACGGUUUGAACGUUUUAUAACAGAGUAAACCUUGAGUUAACUAUUGUGAUAAAAGAGUAUGAGCUUAGUUUGUAUACGAGCUUAUCAUACAAGUAAUGUCGAUGGAAUCAGUUCAUUUUGGUACACCUAAACACAGACUAUUGAAACGCAUGUUUUGCAUCUCAGAAUCCUUGUAAUAUUCAGUACCGUCACAUAUUUGUAUGUUAUACGCCGCGACUCAGUUCUCACACUUUGUUUUUGAAACAAUGUUCUCGGAGACCAAUACGAUUGUACACAUUCGUGAUUUUCUCAUUUCCUUCAACAUACCGGUGUAUAGACAUUUGAUUGUUGUAUACGAGACGUAUUGUCAGGUAAAUGGUAUGUUUUUGUUAUUAAAUUCUUUAGUUUUCUCAAACAAAAACAAUACUUAUCGAAUGUUAUUAAGAUGACUGAUAAGGUUUUUGUCUGAAGAUAGUGUGUCUCAGCAGCCGUAGUCGUGAUUCAAUCUGGAUCGUGGCAAACUACUGUCAGAGAUUUGGCAUCAUUAAAUUUCAAGGUUUUGAGUGGCGAUCGGCUUAAGAUAAAGAUAAGGUUGGACAAGAUUUAGGUGCUCAAGUAGUCUAGUGCAUUCAUUCAAGACAUGUUCACGGAUUUGAAAAAUAGAAAGAAACGUAUUUGGAAGAGUUGUCAAUCUCCAAAAUUUUUCCAGCGCUUAGGAGACGUUUUGAAAAAUCUAGUAUGACAUUCUAUUUGUAAAGCCAU